AUGUUCUGCAUUGGUGGCGGUAUCCUUUUGGCUAUGCUUGUGCUGAUGGCUGCUGUCAUCUGUCUUUACUACAAAGUAGCCAACGCAUUGAAAGUUCCAAAGGUACCUAUUUGUUCGGCCUUAAAAAAUAAUCCAGCCAUGGUCACCCAGGACAAGGUCACUGCGGCCAUCACCACUGGGCCUUAUCCCAACCUCCAAUGCUGUGAUGAAUGUAACUUGUAUGCUGGCUUUGAUGCCCUGCCACCAUGCUUCUGUGAUGCAAACGAGGGACUCUGACUUGGGUUUCCUGUAAUGCUUUGAAGAUCUGGGAAACAGACUAAGUGCGUGGUAGCUCACAGAGCAGUCCUGAGGGGUUGUUGUGAUUGUCGUUCAGGCUCUCAUUUGCAAGCUUAACCCAAACUCAACAAAGCCAAGGCCCAAUUUGUUCCCUUUGAAACAGACAAAUAAAGCUUGUUUUGA